AGGAGCUAAAGAAGAUCUCGCUUUGACGUCAGAAUUCUAAGGAAAAGAAGGAAGGGGAAGGAGACAUCGACGGCUGUUGAGGAACGGUGCUUCCUAGCCCCUUAGGCUGAAGCGAGGGACCCCGAAUCCGUUUUCGCUUUUCGUUUCUUCGCUGAUAGAAGACCGAGGAGGACCGAGGUCGGCCGAACCCCGGCUGGGGGCGGAGCCACAGAAGGAGAGGCGGGGCUACAGCGGAAAAGGACUACGGAAGCCGAGCAGGCAUCGGUUGUUCCGCCGCGGAAGUGUCCGUACGCCGGCUGUGGGAAGGCAGCCAGAGACCUCUCGCGAUCCGGCAGUCUCCAGUGCGCUCUUGGCCACAGCCGACCUUCAGCUGUGGCCGCAGCUCCCGUACCGAAGACGCGCUUCCUGAGUUGUCCAGCAACUUCAGUUGGGCAGCGGUGUGAGAGACCUGCCGCCGCGUGUCGUCGGUGCCUCCCGGUGUUUAGUGUGCGCACCUAGCGGGUAGAGCCCUUGCCCCGUCCCCCGGCUGGUCCGGGGCUCCAGGCAUUGUACCCACGGCGACUCCGCCUGACGCGCGGACUGGCCUGCAGCCCGCGUCCCCGGCGGACGGCGUCAUGAGAAGCCUGCCGUACUUCUGCCGGGGCCAAGUAGUGCGGGGCUUCGGCCGCGGCUCCAAGCAGCUGGGCAUCCCCACAGCCAAUUUUCCUGAACAAAUAGUAGAUAAUCUUCCAGCUGACGUAUCCACUGGCAUUUAUUAUGGUUGGGCCAGUGUUGGAAGUGGAGAUGUUCAUAAGAUGGUGGUAAGCAUAGGAUGGAACCCAUACUACAAGAAUAUGAAAAAGUCUAUGGAAACUCACAUCAUCCAUACCUUUGAGGAGGACUUCUAUGGGGAAAUCCUCAAUGUUGCCAUUGUUGGCUACCUCAGACCAGAAAAGAACUUUGAUUCUUUAGAGUCACUUAUUUCAGCAAUUCAAGGUGAUAUUGAAGAAGCUAAGAAGCGACUAGAUUUACCAGAACAUUUGAAACUCAAAGAUGACAAUUUCUUCCAGGUUUCUAAAAGCAAAAUAAUGAAUGGCCACUGAUGAAAAAUUAUUUUAUUUAUUCAUUUCACUGUUUAUAAUUGUGCAGUCUUGCUUAUAUUUUAAAAAUCAAACAUUUUCCUAUAGCUGUAAAUUAGUUUAAACAAUAUUAGAUAGUUACCCCAUUAUGCUUCGGCUGUUCAAACCAUCAUGCUAUCAUACUAAAAAGAAUCAUUUAAAAAUAAAUAUUGUUUUUUAUGUAAUAUGUUGUAAUAUUUUCUGAAUCACUAGAAAGAUACUAAGUGUCUUGUAAUGGAAAUAAAAUGUAUAUAAGUCUGGGUUAAGCAAGUCACUAAUUUGGGAGGAGAACUGUAAUUCUCAUGGUAAAAUAUAUCCAUGUAUAUAGCAUAUGUUACUAAAAUAGAAGGCUUAUUAAAGUAAUGCAUUAAACAGAAGUUUGAUAAUUUA